GUCCACUUUUCCGAAUUGUUCUUUGGGCUCCAUUGAGGAGGACUAGACUCGGAAACUCGACAAUGCCGCGGAUACAGCGUUUACUUCCCUUUCUGCGGCCGUUCGCUGCACCGCGAUCCGCAUCUUGCCAGGCCUUUCGCUUCUCAACUGCAUCAAGACUACGCGCAGACGGCCCUCCAGGCGCCGCCUCCAAACACCCGGCCGCUCCCCACCCUACCACAGGACCCUCACGAACGACUCUCCCUCCCACCCCUUCCACCCCCGAAGCCGCAACCCGCGCCGCCGACCUCGCCGCCGCAGAAGCAGCUAUAGAAUCCGAUAACCCGAAUCCCGCAUCCUCCAAACCCGUUCUCCCGUCCGGCCACAUCUCCCAAACCCCUUCGGCGCCUAGCACCUCGAGUCCCACGCCCCUUCAGACACCCAACCCACAGAAGCAGCAGCAAGGAACCGAGAUCACAGUAGAAGAAACGAAGCUCGUGCUCGGCCCCGCAAAAUACCACGUCGAGCGCACGCGGAAUAACAACUUCCCCGUGUUCACCGACUACAAGCGCGGCGGGAACCUGCGCACGACGGUUGUGAGGAGGGUAACGGGGGACGUGCAUGCCUUGAAGGAUGAGCUGAGGCUGUUCCUUGGGAAGACGGAUGACGAGGUUCAUUUGACUCAAGUGUCGAGGCAGGUCAUUGUUAAGGGACAUCAUAAACAGCAGGUUCUUGACUUUUUAAGCGCGAGGGGGUUUUAAAAAGAGGGACGAGAGAUUGGGUGUGUGUGUGUGUAUGAUAUUGUAACAGAUGGGAAAAGCGAGCGGACUUGGGUUAUCGGAAUUCGACAUUCACGAUUUACGUUACGUAUCAACAGUUUUUUUCUGCG